AUGCUGUGGACGGAGAAGUACAGACCCAAGUCGGCUGACAUGUUCGAAGGCCCAGAACACUUAAAGAAUAUCCUAAGGAGGCAGGGCGGAAGAGGGCAUCCAAAUCUUUUGCUGUACGGCCCUCCAGGGACGGGCAAGACGACCUUUGCCCACCUCCUAGCAACCCGAAAGCUAGAGCUCAACGCAUCUGACGAAAGAGGCAUAUCUGUGAUUAGAGAGAAGAUCAAGGUGUAUGCAUCCACGCUGGACAAAGAUAAGACCAUAAUACUUGAUGAAUGCGAAAACCUCACCUCGGAUGCACAGCAUUGCUUAAGAAGAGUUAUUGAAGACUCGGUGAACACCCGUUUUAUAUUUAUUACAAACUAUCCAUCAAAGAUUAUUGGGCCUCUUAGAAGCAGGCUUGUUAGCGUGAAGUUCUCACUAAUGGAGAACAAGGUUCUUGAGGACAUAGGGGCCCAGGAGGGGCUUUCAUAUGACAAAGAGCUAUACCGCAGGCUUUUUAGGCUUUGUGGAAAUGAUCUGAGAAAAGCAAUCAAUGUAUUACAGGGCAUUUCUCCCCUGAGUAACUUUUGCAUCGAGGAGGCUGUUGGAGCUAUUCCGCAAGGGGUCAUCGAUGCAUUUUGGAACACAAGCAAGCCCGAAGUCAUGGAAUAUGCAAAGGGGUUUCUAAGAGAGGGAUACUCUGCGCUACAACUGAUUCGUCAGUUAGCUGGAUCCUGCAAAGGGAGUGAUGCCCAGUCUGCCGAGUUUCAUCUGGAGCUGUCUCUGCUUGAAGAGAAGUCGAUUUCUGGAUGCUCUGACGAGUUGGUUUUAUAUAACCUUCUUGGAAGAAAGAUAGAGAUUUUUGGUGCAAGAUGA